CUUAAUUCUUAUUGGAGACGCGAACCGUUUCAAACGAUUCCGUUCGAUUCGAUGAACUGGUUCAACCGACUCACUGAGAAGAACCGGUUAAAUCAAACGAUUCGUUCAUGAACCGGACACCAGCGUGCGCUUGCUGUGUCUUCUGAGCUGUAGAAUUGAAAAUGCACAAGAGGACCCACACUGGAGGGAAACCUUACAUGUGUUCACACUGCGAUAGGAGAUUUGUUCAUAGAGCAACUCUGAAAACACAUGAGAGGACCCACACUGGAGAGAAACCAUACAAGUGUUCAUAUUGUGACAAGAGAUUAAUUUGUUCAGGACAACUGAAAACACAUGAGAGGACCCACACUGGAGAGAAACUAUACAAGUGUUCACACUGUGACAAGAGAUUCAUUCAGACAGCAACUCUGAAAACACAUGAGAGGACCCACACUGGAGAGAAACCAUACAAGUGUUCACACUGUGACAAGAGAUUCAUUCAGACAGCAACUCUGAAAACACAUGAGAGGACCCACACGGGAGAGAAACCAUACAAGUGUUCAUACUGUGACAAGACAUUCAUUUGUUUAGGACAACUGAAAACACAUGAGAGGACCCACACUGUAGAGAAACCAUACAAGUGUUCACACGGUGACAAGAGAUUUGUUCAGAGAGCAAAUCUGAAAACACAUGAGAGGACUCACACCGGAGAGAAACCUUACAAGUGUUCACACUGUGACAAGACAUUCAAUUGUUCAGGACAUCUGAAAACACACCAGAGGAUCCACACUGGAGAGAAACCUUACAAGUGUUCACACUGUGACAAGAGAUUCGUUCAGACAGCAAAUCUGAAAACACAUGAGAGGACUCACACCGGAGAGAAACCUUACAAGUGUUCACACUGUGACAAGAGAUACCGUUUAUCAGCACAUCUGAAAACGCAUGAGAGGACCCACACUGGAGAGAAACCAUUCACAUGUGAUCUGUGUGGGAAGAGUUUCACACAAUCAACAAACCAUAAGUUGCACAUGCACAUCCACACUGGAGAGAAACCGUUUACAUGUGAUCUGUGUGGGAAGAGUUUCAUAAUAAAACGCAGCCUUAAAGAGCACAUGAACAUCCACUCUGGGGAAAAACCGUACACAUGUGAUCAGUGUGGCAAAGGAUUUGUAAGGUCUUCGGACCUAAAGAUUCACCUGACACUUCAUACAAAGAAGAAACGUCUGUAUUCAUGUUCUUUGUGUGGAAAGAGUUUUCCACUGCUGAAAAGUUUAAAAACACAUCAGAAAAGACAUACUGCCAAAAAAGCUUAUAUGUGCUUUGAGUGUGAGAAGACUUUUUUUACAGAUGAGCAUUUGAAAAUGCACCAGAGAACUCACACUGGAGAGAAACCUUACAUGUGUUCACACUGCGACAAGAGAUUCAGUUCUUCAUCAAAUCUGAAAAAACAUGAAAGGACUCAUACUGGAGAGAAACCAUACACAUGUGAUCAAUGUGGGAAGAGCUACACUGAAUUAUCUUCUCUACAGAGACAUAAAAAAUCAUCCACAGCCCGAAAUCAUAAUAUGUGUACAAGAAAGAAAAGUCCAAAGUUGUCACGGUAAAUAAAGUUCAAGACUUCAAGACUUUUCAAGAGAUUCAGAUCAACUCAUAGAUAGUUCCUUCCCAAAAGAACAUCAUCUAAUUGUUUUAUUCUUGUUUCUCAAUUUGCUUCAUAAUAUAAUCUCUCAUUAUGCUUUAUAAUUUCAAGUUAGAUUUUUUUUUUUUUACUCCAUUUAUGAAAAAGUGGACUUUUUAGUCGUGUGGACAACAAAGUGACCUGAAGAAGAGUCCAUCUUAGUUUUAGGAAAUACAUUGAUCUGGUGUUUGUGUUUAAUUGUUAAUCUUAUAAUCUUAUAAAUGCUCGACCAUUUGUGAUGCACUUGGUUUGGUUGUAAAUCAAUAAUUUUCUCACAAAUUUUCAAAUAAUCAUGUAUUAAAUAAUCAUGUAUUUUAUCAACGUUUAUUGACCAUUUGUAAUGUCUAAUGAUGCUACU